ACCCCGUGACGUAGUUUUGACAGUUAGGUAACAGGAGAAAUCCGUAUCCAAGACAGAGAGAAGUCGUAUUCAAAACGAGGAAAAUUCGUAUUCUCAAGAGACAUGUUAAACGUAAAAAUAAAUGUUGUAUUCGUAUUUUUAAAAAGCCGUCAGUGUAAUUAGGGUGAUUGGUAAAGCUCUCCACAGAACAGAGAGGACAGAGACGAGUGCUGAUGUUCUUCAACCAUGAUGAUUCAAGCCAUGUUUUUUCUGUUUAUCCUCACAGGGGGAGGUACAACAAAUCCAGACUUUCAUGAUUCUCAAGAUAGCAACAUUGUGUCUAGCUGGACUACUGAUUUCUCAUCAGGUGACUCUGGCAUGUUUGAGCCUGAUUAUCCUGAACUAGGCAUGGCUCCCCUUCCACCAGAAGCCAUCGACCCGAUACAAAUCAGGCCUGAAUAUUUCCACAGAAUUCAUGAAACUGCUCAAGACGUUAAAGUUGAUGCUUCAUACGAAUGCAGUUAUCAGUCUGUUUUAAACAUGUUGCAUUUCAAAGGAAACAAUGACAAGUACAUUACGAGCCGUCCGGUCUUGGACUAUCGGCAUUUGACGUGGAUUUUUAUUGAAAUGAGGAUUUACGCCAUUCUGGAUGUGAGAGAAGCUGACCAGAUGUUCGUUUCUUACAUCUGGGUUUAUUUGAGGUGGGACAACGAGCACAUUCACUGGGAUCCUGAUCAGUUUUGUGGACAAGAUCAUAUUUUAAUUCCCACAAAAAAUCUGUGGAUGCCAGAUCUAACAAUUGAAGAGAUGACAGAGCAGGAUAAAGCUUCACCGAGUCCUAAUCUCAACAUCGGAUACCAUGGCUGGGUUGAAUUCAGGAACGACCAAGUGGUGGUCAGCACCUGCAAGAUGGAAGUUUACAGGUUUCCAUUUGACAUUCAGAGCUGCAAAAUCUCCUUCAAAUCUAUCAUGCAUUCUGAUAAUGAACUGAGGUUGUUCUACCAUACCAACGACUCAGAGCUGACAGAGCAGUCUCGUCAAACAAUCCAGACGCAAUAUGAAUGGAUUUUUCUCAACAUGACAGUACACGAAAAAACUGUCAAUCAUUUUGGCUUCAACCAAACUGUGAUUGUUUACACUAUCACCAUGAAGAGACGGUCUGUCCUUUACAUUGCAAACUUCCUGCUGCCUGUUCUCUUCUUCCUGUGUCUGGACUUUGCCUCCUUCCUCCUGUCAGACACUGGGGGUGAGAAGGUUGGCUUCAAGAUCACUGUCCUACUUGCUGUGACUGUGAUGCAGCUCAUUCUCAAUGACAUUCUGCCCCCGUCUUCAGACAAAAUUCCUCUUAUAGCGAUCUACUGCAUUGGGAUCUUUACUCUGAUGCUGCUAAGCCUCCUGGAAACCAUUUUAGUGAUGUAUUUGAUAGGCAAAGACCAAAAAUCUACAGACAAAACAGAAGAUAACCAGAAACUGAAUGACAAUCCAGAGGACAAACUCCAAUUCUGUUUUUCAGGAAUUAAGAAAUGUAUUCACUCUGCAUCAGCUGAAGACACUGCCAAAGAAGAUCAAUCUUUUCCCAAAGAGGAUAGCAGCAGUCCCCAAACUGAAGUGUCUCUUGUCAUGGAAAAAGUCUAUGAGGAGCUUGUCGAAAUUAGGAAAUCCAAAUCUCUGCUUAGCAGCAGGACAGAGGAUGAGAAGUCUGGCUACUGGACCACAGUAGCUGAAAAAAUCAACAAACUCUUUAUGAUUUUUUACACAAUAGCUGUUAUUGUAUUUUUGAGUGUCCUUUUUACUGUGUGGAAUAUUGGCGGUAUUUAAUAACAAAAGAAGAGAAGGAAACACAAGAGUUGCACCUCAAUGGAAUGAAUUGCAUGUCUGCUAAUAUGGAGAAUGGUAUUAAAUCUUUCUCAUCGGGCUAAAAAAAACUAGUUGACUAAUUAUCAGGUAAAUUCUUCUUCUGCAUCCAAUUCUACUUGUAGCUGGAUUUUGUUAUUUUGUUACUAUUAGUGAUGCUGAAAGUCAAAGUUGUUGGAGUUCUGGAAAUUGACCUAGGUGUGGUCCGUCUGGGUCGUAUCGUCACAAUAAUAAAAAUAUAAUAAAUCACAGUUGUGCCAAUGACAUUUGGUGUUUCCUCACAGAUAAAGCCUUUUCUUUGUUAGACUUGACAAUGAUGUCAUGAGAUAAAAACUGAGAAAUUGUAUUAGUUUAGGACGAACAACCUAUAAAGGCAGAAACUCUGUAGCAGGAGAAGUGUUUCUUUGAAAAAGGGUCCAGGAAGUGGCAGAAAUCAUAAAAGGGUGAAUGUUCAGCAGUGAUUAACAGUGGUGGUCAAGUUGGUGGAGAGGGGAAUCCAACAAACAAUCCAAAGAGUUAUGCAAAAGGGUAGUCCAGGCCCAUGAAUGAAACUUGAUAACUUCACAGUCAACUCCAGCUCUAAAUACAGAAACCGAGUCAGCAACAAAGAAGCAACACAAAUGAGACCUAGGCUUCACCAUGGCACAAGUUACAACAAAUUGGCAGGUUAGCAAAGUGAAAUCUGCAGUUCAGAACAAGUAAGAGUAUUGAGGUUGAUGAGGAGAGUGUAGCAAUGACCUAAUAGGCAACAACAUUCAGUGGACGGACGGAAUCAGUGUCUGCCUGCACCUAAACAAUCACCUCUAAUCGGAUAUUUCGAGGAAAUAGGCACACUCCCUGAGCCUAACAAAAACAAAUCCACUGAAAGUGCAAUAAGCAGAGGUGGUCGUCAAGGAAACCUGCAUUCCUUCUCUAAAUUUCCACACCUUGAUGACUCUCUUUUCUAGACUCCCUCUGACUGUGCAAUCAAAUGCUGUCCAAUACCGCAUGGCUGCUGUAAGGUUGGCUGUCUGUGUGGACCUUUUCAUCUUUGUGAAUCAAUGUUGCUGAAAUGUUUGUGUAUUCUUGCUUGUACUUCAAUAUAUGUAAUUCUAUUGUGACACAGGUCAAAGAUGCUUGAUUUUUGACAUCAUAUCCUGUACUCUCUCAUGUGUCUUUCUGUGCAAUUAGUGCUACCAGAAUUGCAUUGCUGCUGCUGCCCACCUCUGGGCAUCUUGUCUGUGGAUGUGUUGCUCUACUACCACCAAUUUCCCCACAGGAUCAAUAAAGUAUCUGUCUGUCUGUCCAUCCGUCCGU